GACAACAAAUGUCAAAACAAUAAUUCCAAAAUACGUCCGUUAAGGCCGGUUAAAUCAAUGGUAAAAAAAUGUCGAAUGCUAAGUUCAUUGCUGAUUGGAACGACAUUUUCGACCACAAAAUAAAAGAAAGUGAUCUCCAGAAGCCAACUGAACUAUUUGUUUUCAAUGUUCUUGUUGAUUAUUUGAAGAAAUUCAGUAUGGAUUGUGCAGCGUUAAUAAAUCACAAAAACAGCCCCAAUCCGGAAAUGAGGAGGCAAUUCAGAGCGAGAUUCUGCGCAUAUAUCGAUCAUAUUUACAAAAUUUCGUGUGCAGCCAACAACUUUGUUUAUUAUGAUUUCAUCAAGCCGUCGCCAAAGAAAACUACCCACAUGUUGAAGGUUCUGCUAAAUUACUAUUUAUAUGUUGAGAUGCUCAAAAAGGAGACAGUAACGCUAGCAGAUGCAAAAAUAAAAGAACGGAAUCGACUUUUAGAUAAAAAGACAAAUUACCACCUUGAAGUUGAAGCAUACAAAAGGCAGCUCAAUGAGAUCCAAGAAAGAAUUGCCAAAUAUAAAGACACCUUACCAAAGUUGAAGGAGCAAGCCGAAGCGCUUGCAUCUAAAGAAAAGGCACAAGCGGAAAAAAUUGCGCAAUUACAAGAUACAAUAAGAAAUUACGAUGCUAUUCUCAACCAGCUGAAAUGUAAAGAAGACGAACUAAAGUGCGAUUUAGUUUCUGAAGAAGAAAUCGAGAGCAUAGCAGCGAACAAGGCUGUACUUGAACAGGCGAUUUCCGAACAAGAAGAAAUCGAGAGAAUCACCUUGGCAAACAGUAAAGACCGCGUGAAACUUCUAAAUAAGAUGCAAACAUCGAUAGAGAAAAUUGAGAUAACGAUGAAAAGUUAUCCGCUCGAAGAUUUGAAUCCACUAAGGGAAAUGAAAGCUUCAUUGCAGCAAAUGUACAAUCAACUCGCAUCUCAGAAGGCUAUAAAUGAUAAAAAGAAAAAUACAAUUGAAACUAAUUUAGAGAUGAUGCACAAAUAUGAAAUUAUAAUGCGACAAAAAAAGGACAUUUUGUUGGAUAUUGAGGGAAAGGCAGUGGAAACCUUGCACAUUAAGAAGAACAUCGAAAAUGAAGAAAUGAUCUAUGAGGACUUGACCGGAACUUUGCAAUCUCUGGAGAAGGAGCUUCAGGAGCAAAACGAAUUGGGAGAUUUCAUUCUGGGUUCGGUUCAAUCCGUGGUCGAUGCCUUAUGUGAUUCGUAAUUUGCUUAUAUUUGCAUUUUAUAAG